AUGUCGCCCUAUGAGGACCUCAAACUCAUCUCGACAGUCACCACCGAGCGUCACCAUCGCCAUCGACUCAGUGAAGCGCAUUCUGAUUGGGAAGCCCGCGCUAUGCGUUCGAGGCUUUUUUCUGGGACUGGGGCGCAGCAGCCGGACUCUGCGGCCGAAGACGAGGCGUACGUUAUCGUUGCCUCACCGGACACGCCUUCUACCGAGGGCGCUCAUCACGAUCAGGCCUCCGUUGUCACCGAUCCAGCGCCUUUUUCUGGUACGCAGCAGCUGGAACCCGUCAACAGCGACGACGAGCAGAAGGAAGCUCAACGCGAUGAUAUGGCUUCGCCUUCUGACCGCGAGGGCCAUGGGCAGCGUCUAAUCAAUCUUGCACCAUCAGACUGCGUGGCGAAAGCGCACCGUUCGGCGCUCUCCCGCGACACCGAAAACCUGUCUAAUGCCAUCGGAGAUCAAAAGACGCCUGGCAUCGUCGAACUGGUAUCGUCCCAGACACAAUCUGACCAGUCUCCGCCGAGUGAGACCAACAUCACUACAACUACAACUGGCGGGCUGCGCUUUCUCGAGGCGCCUUGCAUUUUCCUCCUCGCCCAUUAUGUCAGCUAUCUCCUGCUCACACUCCCGGCGCUGAUUGCCAACCUGGGCCGCACAGACAAGACUCCACCCACGCUCUGGCAGCUUUGCGCCUUCGUGGCGAUGUAUGCAAUCUUGGCGGUGGUUCGGGACAAGUGGAUAGUCUAUAUGAGAUCUGACCCUGAGCAGAGGGAGCCUGAAGGUACGACAACCAUGGCGGCGCUUAGAGAUUUCGGCACGGCUGUCGCGGCGAAGGCGGCGCGUGUGGCGCUCUGGUGUGCGGUGGGAGAACUUUUUGGCAUGACUAGGCUUUUCUUGUCUUUCAUGGAGAAGUGGGAGUUUUUUGGACUGUUGGAGGGCUCGAGGGGUUUGGGACUGUGGUGA